GUUGGACCUGGACACCCAGCUGAGUCACACCGCCUGGCCCUCCCAGAGCUCCUUGUCCCGGAUCUGGUCCUGCAUAAUCAAACAAAUAUAACCAAAGCGCAGAUAACCGGGACAAUGGGGCUGUGUGCUCCGGAGUGUGGGAGCCCCGGGCCGUCGCGCAGAAGCGGGGGAGGAAGCCACAGGACUGGGCAGUGCAGGGGGCGCGCAGAGAAGACAUUGCAAGAAAUUUGAGUGGGACAGAAAGGUUUCUGGGGCAAGGGAGGCCGCUGCGGUAGUUGUAAGCUGAGGGAAGCAGAAGCUGGGCUGGGGUCCCCGCGGUGGGAGCCAAGUCGGAUCAGGGCGUGGCUUGUAACUCGGAGGACGAUUGGGCACCAGGGAGAGGGCGGGGUGGGACUGAGUGGGUUGGGGGUCUGGAGCAGUGAAUCCGAGCCAGAGGCCACCCUCAGCUGCGCCCGAGCAGCGUAGGCUCACGGAAGGAAUUAUCCGGCAGCCAAGUGAGUCAUCCCUGAAGACUCGAAACUGCGGGCGCGUGAGGUGUGCAGGGACUGGGGUGGGAGUCCCGAGCCGGAACUAAAGAGGGGCGACCACUGGGCCGCAAGGCGAGGAGGAAACGGCGGGACUGCAGUUCCGGGCGACCCCACUUCCGACGCGGUCGCUGAGGCGGAGCUUCCCCAGGUGGCGGGGGCGCGGUAGGGCUCCCCCAGGUGGCAGGGGCGGGGCACCACGGCCUGGGUGUAGGCGGGGCGGCUGAACCCCGCCUCUCGCGCCUUCUUGCUCGCGGGCUCCUGCACACCCGAAAGCUCCUCCGCUCCCGCCGCGGUUGCGGGGCCAUGGACUUCAGGCCCGCUGCGAUCCCCCAGGAGCCCGCCCGGUCUGCAGCUUGAAGGGAGGUAGGUCCAGGUAAGAGCGAUGGCGGGCUCUGGGCGGGUGCAGGUUCGAGGAAGGGCGAGGCACGCCCCUUUCUCUGCUUCAGCCCGGGAACACCUGGAGGCCCCGCGAACUGCGGCUUCUUUAACCGCCCUCUUUGUCCCGGAGACCGCCAGGGUCCUUCAUCUCACCCGGAAGGGCCGAUGCCCCGCCUGCUUUGGGAGCUCUCGCGCGCGAAUCCUGCCGCCCAACUUCUGGAGCAGCCUCCCUACCUGUUCUGAUCUGCCCAGUCAGUCUCCUCCAUAUCUCGGCACCACCCGCAGGGUCCCAACAAGUGACCUCACCCUUGGUCUGUGCUCGGUGCAUUGACCCCGGCGCCAAAUUGACCUUCCCUGAUGGUCACCAUGGGCCAGUGCUACUACAAUGAGACCAUCGGCUUUUUCUACAACAACAGUGGCAAAGAGCUCAGCUCUUAUUGGCGGCCCAAGGAUGUGGUGGUGGUGGCACUGGGGCUGACUGUCAGUGUGCUGGUGCUACUGACUAACUUGCUGGUUAUUGCAGCCAUUGCCUCCAACCGCCGCUUCCACCAGCCCAUUUACUACCUGCUUGGCAACCUGGCUGCAGCAGACCUGUUUGCUGGUGUGGCUUACCUCUUCCUCAUGUUCCACACGGGCCCACGCACGGCCCGGCUCUCGCUCAAGGGCUGGUUCCUGAGACAAGGCCUGCUGGACACAAGCCUGACAGCAUCAGUGGCCACACUGUUGGCCAUUGCCGUGGAGCGGCACCGCAGUGUGAUGGCUGUGCAGUUGCACAGCCGCCUGCCGCGUGGGCGGGUUGUCAUGCUCAUUGUGGUUGUGUGGGUUGCCGCACUGGGCCUAGGACUGCUGCCUGCCCACUCCUGGCACUGCCUCUGUGCCCUGGACCGCUGUUCCCGCAUGGCUCCCCUGCUCAGCCGCUCCUACCUAGCUGUGUGGGCCCUCUCCAGCCUGCUUGUCUUCCUGCUCAUGGUAGCUGUCUACACCCGCAUUUUCUUCUACGUGCGUAGGCGAGUGCAGCGCAUGGCCGAGCAUGUCAGCUGCCACCCCCGCUACCGGGAGACCACACUCAGCCUGGUCAAGACUGUUGUCAUCAUCCUUGGGGCAUUUGUGGUCUGCUGGACACCCGGCCAGGUGGUGCUGCUCCUGGAUGGUCUGGACUGCAAGUCCUGCAAUGUGCUGGCUGUGGAGAAGUAUUUCCUGCUCUUGGCUGAGUCCAAUUCACUGGUCAAUGCUGCAGUAUACUCAUGCCGAGAUGCUGAGAUGCGCCGUACCUUCCGUCGCCUACUCUGCUGUAUGUGCCUCCGCCGGUCCUCCCACAAGUCUGCCCACUAUACAUCAUCUGCCCGGACAGGUGCCAGCACCCGCAUCAUGCUUCCUGAGAAUGGUCACUCUCUGAUGGACUCCACUCUUUAGCUACCUUGGACAGGAUGCAGCUCUUUGACAACUCAUGGAUACACCUGGCUUGUCCCAACCAGCAGGACAGACUUAAAGACAGACCCAUGGUCUGGCAUAGCACAGCAGCACUCCCCAGGCACACACAACUCUGCAUGCUCCAGGGUACUGGGAAAUGGGGACAUCUCCAAGCACCUGGGAGGACUCAGAUGGUGUCUGGGAAUCUGGCUCUUCAAUCAUCUCAGGUUUUAGGGUUUUUUAACAGAACAUUUUUGUACUUUUACUGCACAUCCCUGGUAAACCCUGUGGACUGGUUUCUCCUAUAUGGUGCUGUGAGUGGGAAAAGUAGAGGAGAUGAAGGCCCUCCAAGGUUAUGCUGCCCAGUGUGACAGGAUAACAGGGAUGGACUGUGGACACAAUAUCUUUCUGAGGCUAAUUUUUAGCAGCACAGCCUGAGGGGUGCUGAGCAUAAACUGGGAAAGGCUUGUGGACCUUUGCAGAGGCUGGCCUAUCUCCGUUAGUAUUGAGGGGAUCCAGGAUCCACAGGGAGGACAUGAAUCAGGGAGUAAACCAUUCCACUCUAAGGUC